GCGAGGGGAUCCGCGCCAUGGAGGCCGCCCGGGACUAUGCAGGAGCCCUCAUCAGGCGAGUGCCCCCGCAUCCCCCUGAGCCCCGCAUUCCCGUGCGCUUCCGAUUGCCUUGCGUUCCGUGCCCUCAUAUUCCCCUGUGCGCCUCUCCUACCGUACGUACCCCGCUCCCCUCACCCCCCAGCUCCCCGCAUUCUCUUGCCCUCCACGAUCCCGCGCACACACCCAUCCGCCCCACUGGUGCCCAAGCCGUCCAGCCGCGCCUGUGGGCAGAGACCAAGCCCGUCCCGCGCCUCCUCACCCUCCUGCAGCUGGGCGAGGUACCAGGUGUGGCUCUCGCGAGGUGCGCGGGCGUCUGCAGACCAGGUGACAGUGACAGCUGGCGAGUGGCUGCAUAUCUGGCCGCUGCUGCAGUCGCGGGCGCAGAAGAGAGUCCGGUCCCAGGAACCCCGAGCAAAGCUUCCACGGUGCGAGGGGACCGGGCUUCUGGGGGUCCUGGAAAUCGCAACGGGAGCUGGGCGCGGGAGGGGCGCAGGCUUGGCCCCUCCUGGAAGCGCGGGCUCUGGUCUCCGAGGGGAGGCCCGGACCGUCCGGCGGAGCCCGCCAGGCCCCUGACAUUUAUGGGAUCACAGACUAAGCGAGUCCUGCUCACCCCGCUCAUGCAUCCAGCUCGCCCUUUCCGGGUCUCCAACCAUGACAGGAGCAGCCGGCGUGGGGUGAUGGCAAGCAGCCUGCAGGAGCUCAUCAGCAAGACUCUGGAUGCCCUCGUCAUCACCACCGGACUGGUCACUCUGGUGCUGGAGGAAGAUGGCACCGUGGUGGACACAGAAGAGUUCUUUCAGACCUUGAGAGACAACACGCAUUUCAUGAUCUUGGAAAAAGGACAGAAGUGGAUACCGGGCAGCCAGCACGUCCCCACUUGCUCGCCGCCAAAGAGGUCGGGAAUAGCAAGAGUCACCUUCAACUUGUACAGGCUGAACCCCAAGGACUUCAUCGGCUGCCUUAACGUGAAGGCCACCAUGUAUGAGAUGUACUCCGUGUCCUACGACAUCCGGUGCACGGGACUCAAGGGCCUGCUGAGGAGCCUGCUGCGGUUCCUGUCCUACUCCGCCCAGGUGACGGGACAGUUUCUCAUCUAUAUGGGCACGUACAUGCUCCGGGUGCUGGAUGACAAGGAAGAGCGGCCAUCCCUCCGGUCACAAGCCAAGGGCCGGUUCACUUGUGGAUAGGGAUGCAGGCUGUCGCCGGCUCUUGAGCCAAACACUGUGUUUUGUUUGGCUCAAUGACGAACGUUGAAGAUGCUUUUAUGUUCUGAGCCACACGCACUUGUAGGCCGCUGGUCACGCUGCUCAAGAGCGGUGCCCAGGAAAGGAAAGGGCUUGGUGGUACAUGAAGUGGGGGCAGUGGGCAGGGUGACCUGGGGGGAGGCAUAGAGGGCCCCGGGGGUCAUGGGAAGCGACCACGCAGCAGGCGUGCCCAGGAGCGUGUGCAUGUGUCAGAGCCAUUUGGUCCAUCAUCUUCUGCAAUAAACCCAUCGCAAGAAUGACCUUCAA